AUGAUUUUAUUCCAUAGAGAUGUAAUAGAAGGUACCAAAUCAACAGCUCAGGCUUUUCAAUCUUGGGAUACUUGUAUGGCAAACACACCAUGUAAAAUUAUCGUUAUUGUUUUAAUUGUAUUAGGUUCAUUAUUUGUCAUAUGGGUUAUAACUACUAUUUUUCAAUGUUUAGUAAUGGGAGCAACUUGCAUCGAUGCAUGUUGUUGUUGUUGUUGUAGAAAUAAAGAUAAAAAUAACGGUUAUAAUGAAAAAUAUCAACAGAAUCCGAAUAUGUAUCCUCCCCCAACUUAUUAUAAUCAAAGGCUAGCUUAUCAACCACAACCUGCUCCAAGUCAAGCUUAUUUUACAAGUAAUAAUGCUGCUCCAACUGUGAAUAAUAAUAAAGGAUAUGAACCUGUUUAUUCUAGUUAUGGUAGAUCAACUAAUGAUACGUAUAAUUAUGAUGAUGAAAAUCCAUUUAAUGAAAAUUCUAGGGGCUACAGAUCUUAUCAAUAG